AUGAGUUCUGACGCAGAGAUGGCGGUGUUUGGGGUGGCUGCCCAGUACCUACGCAAGAGCGAGAGGGAGCGCAUCGAGUCCCAGAGCAGGCCCUUUGAUGGCAAAACGGCCUGCUUUGUCUGCGAUGAAAAGGAACUGUAUGUGAAAGGCACCAUCCUGAGCAAAGACGGAGAAAAAACUACAGUGGAGACCCAGGACGGCAGGGUUGUAACGGUCAAGGAGGACCAAGUUUUUCCUCUGAAUCCGCCCAAAUUUGACAAGAUUGAGGACAUGGUCAUGAUGACCCACCUCAACGAACCAUGUGUGCUGUUUAACCUCAAAGAGCGUUAUGCAGCCUGGAUGAUCUAUACCUAUUCUGGGUUGUUCUGCGUGACUGUGAACCCGUACAAGUGGCUCCCCGUCUACAACCCCGAGGUGGUGACUGCAUACAGAGGAAAGAAGAGGAUGGAAGUCCCCCCACAUAUUUUUGCACUGUCUGAUAACGCUUAUCAGUUCAUGCUUACUGACCGAGAGAAUCAGUCUAUCCUGAUCACUGGAGAAUCCGGUGCAGGGAAAACUGUGAACACCAAACGUGUCAUCCAGUAUUUCGCAACAAUUGCAGUGUCUGCCGAGAAGAAAAAAGAAGUUGUCAGCAAAAUGAAGGGUACACUGGAAGAUCAAAUCAUCCAGGCUAACCCCCUGCUGGAGGCUUUUGGCAAUGCUAAGACAGUGAGAAAUGACAACUCAUCUCGCUUUGGAAAGUUUAUUAGAAUACACUUUGGCAUGACAGGUAAACUGGCAUCAGCUGAUAUUGAGACAUAUCUCUUGGAAAAAUCCAGAGUUACAUUUCAACUGGGAGCUGAGAGAAGCUACCACAUCUUUUACCAGCUUACUUGCAACAAGAAGCCAGAACUAAUUGAUCUCCUUCUCAUUACCACCAAUCCGUAUGACUUUGCCUUCAUCAGUCAGGGAGAGGUGGCAGUAAAAAGCAUCGAUGAUGCUGAAGAGCUGAUGGCAACCGAUGAAGCCAUUGAUAUUCUUGGCUUCUCUGCUGAGGAGAAGAUGAGCAUCUACAAGCUCACAGGAGCUGUGAUGCAUUAUGGGAACAUGAAAUUCAAGCAGAAACAGCGUGAGGAGCAAGCUGAGCCUGAUGGCACAGAGGUGGCAGAUAAAGCUGCCUAUCUGAUGGGCCUCAACUCAGCAGACCUGCUGAAGAAUCUGUGCUAUCCCCGGGUGAAGGUCGGGAAUGAGUAUGUUACCAAGGGACAAAAUGUCCAACAAGUGUACAACUCCAUUGGUGCCCUGGCAAAGUCUGUGUAUGAGAAGAUGUUUAUGUGGAUGGUUAUGCGGAUCAAUCAGCAGCUGGACACCAAACAACAAAGACAGCAUUUCAUUGGAGUCUUGGAUAUUGCUGGAUUUGAAAUAUUUGAUUUCAACACUUUGGAGCAGCUCUGCAUCAACUUCACUAAUGAGAAACUGCAACAGUUUUUCAACCACCACAUGUUUGUGCUGGAGCAAGAGGAGUACAAGAAGGAAGGGAUCGAGUGGGCCUUCAUAGACUUUGGGAUGGAUCUGGCUGCCUGCAUUGAGCUUAUUGAGAAGCCAAUGGGCAUCUUUUCCAUUCUGGAGGAGGAGUGCAUGUUCCCCAAAUCAACUGACACAUCAUUUAAGAACAAGCUGUACGACCAGCAUCUGGGCAAGAACAACUGCUUUCUGAAGCCAAAGGCAGUCAAAGGCAAGCCUGAGGGCCACUUCUCCCUGAUGCACUACGCCGGCACUGUGGACUACAACAUCUCCGGCUGGCUAGAGAAGAACAAGGAUCCCUUGAACGAGUCUGUUGUGCAGCUGUACCAGAAAGCCUCAGUGAAAAUUCUUGGGAUGCUGUACGCAAAUUUUUCUGGCAGUGAUGAUUCUGGUGCAGCCGCUGGUGGAAAGAAAGCAGCGAAAAAGAAGGGCUCGUCUUUUCAAACGGUGUCUGCUCUGUUCAGGGAAAACCUGAAUAAGCUGAUGUCAAACCUGAGGACCACUCAUCCACACUUUGUGCGAUGUCUGAUCCCAAAUGAGACAAAGACACCAGGUGCCAUGGAGAACAUCUUGGUCAUCCACCAACUGCGCUGUAACGGUGUACUGGAAGGCAUCAGAAUCUGUAGGAAGGGCUUCCCCAGCAGAAUCCUAUACGGGGACUUCAAGCAAAGAUACAGGAUCCUGAAUGCAAGUGCAGUUCCUGAGGGCCAGUUCAUGGACAACAAGAAAGCUGCGGAGAAAGUCUUGGGCUCAAUUGAUGUUGAUCACUCACAAUAUAAGUUUGGACACACCAAGGUGUUCUUUAAAGCGGGUCUCCUGGGAGUCCUGGAGGAGAUGAGAGAUGAGCGUCUGGCCCAAGUGGUCACCUGCAUUCAGGCCGUCUGCCGCGCAUACGUUGUGAGAAUGGAGUACAAGAAGAUGCUUGACAGGAGGGAGUCCAUCUACACCAUCCAGUACAACAUUCGCGCAUUUAUGAAUGUCAAACACUGGCCAUGGAUGCGUCUCUACUUCAAGAUGAAGCCUUUGCUGAAGAGCGCUGAAUCUGAGAAGGAGAUGGCGCAGAUGAAGGAGGACUUUGCUAAGUGCAAGGAGGACCUGACCAAGUCUGAGAACAGACGCAAGGAGCUGGAGGAGAAACUGGUCUCAGUUGUGCAGGAGAAGAAUGACCUUCUCCUUCAAGUCCAGGCAGAAUCAGAUAACCUGGUGGAUGCGGAGGAGAGGUGCGAGGGGUUAAUUAAGAGCAAGAUACAGCUGGAGGCAAAGCUGAAGGAGGCUACCGAGAGGCUGGAGGACGAGGAGGAAAUCAAUUCUGAGCUGACCGCCAAGAAGAGGAAGUUGGAGGACGAGUGCUCGGAGCUCAAGAAGGACAUGGAUGACUUGGAGCUCACCUUGGCCAAAGUGGAGAAGGAGAAACACGCUAUGGAGAAUAAGGUGAAGAACCUGACUGAGGAGAUCAUUGCGCAGGAGGAGAGUGUUUGUAAGCUGACCAAGGAGAAGAAGGCCCUGCAGGAGUCCCAUCAGCAGAUCCUAGAUGACCUUCAGGUCGAAGAGGACAAGGUCAACACCCUGACCAAAGCCAAGACUAAGCUGGAGCAACACGUGCAAGACAUGGAGGGUUCUCUUGAGCAAGAGCGAAAGGUUCGGAUGGACCUUGAGAGGGCAAAGCGGAAGCUGGAGGGUGAUCUGAAACUGGCCCUGGAGUCCACAAUGGACCUGGAGAAUGAGAAGCAACAGCUGGAGGAAAAGUUGAAAAAGAAAGACUUUGAGGUCACACAGCUUCAAAGUAAGAUUGAGGAUGAGCAGUCGCUUUCUUCUCAGAUUCAGAAGAAAAUCAAAGAGCUUCAGGCCCGCACUGAGGAACUGGAGGAAGAGAUUGAGUCUGAGCGCGCCGCCCGUGCCAAAGUGGAGAAGCAGCGGUCAGACCUGUCCAGGGAGCUGGAGGAGAUCAGCGAGAGGCUGGAGGAGGCCGGAGGCGCCACCGCCGCCCAGAUCGAGAUGAACAAGAAGCGGGAGACGGAGCUGCAGAAGCUCCGGCGAGACCUGGAGGAGUCGUCCCUGCAGCACGAGACCACCGGAGCAGCUCUCCGCAAGAAGCACGCCGACACCGUGGCCGAGCUGGGCGAGCAGAUCGACAACCUCCAGCGGGUCAAGCAGAAGGUGGAGAAGGAGAAGAGUGAGCUGAAAAUGGAGGUGGAUGAUCUCACCAGCAGCAUGGAGACUAUAGCUAAAGCUAAGGUAAAUAUAGAGAAGAUGUGCCGUGCCCUUGAAGACCAGCUAAGUGAGCUGAAAACCAAACAAGAGGAGCAACUGAGGCUCAUCAAUGACCUCUCUUCCCAGAAGGCUCGGUUGCAGACAGAAAAUGGUGAGAUGGCACGUCAUGUGGAAGAGAAGGAUUCCUUGCUGUCUCAGCUAACGAGAGGAAAACAGGCGUACAUUCAACAACUUGAAGAGCUAAAGAGGCAAAAUGAGGAAGAGACUAAAGCCAAGAAUGCCCUGGCCCACGGUCUGCAGUCCUCCCGCCACGACUGUGACCUCCUGCGGGAGCAGUUUGAGGAGGAGCAGGAGGCCAAAGCUGAGCUGCAGCGCUGCAUGUCCAAGGCCAACAGCGAGGUGGCGCAGUGGAGGACCAAGUACGAGACGGACGCCAUCCAGCGCACCGAGGAACUCGAAGAGGCCAAGAAGAAGCUGGCGCAGCGUCUUCAGGAGACAGAGGAGGCGGUGGGAGCGGUCAGCUCCAAGUGCUCCUCCCUGGAGAAGACCAAGCAGAGGCUGCAGGGGGAGGUGGAGGAUCUCAUGACGGAUCUGGAGAGGGCAAAUUCAGCUGCAGCUGCCCUGGACAAGAAGCAAAGGACCUUUGACAAGGUCCUGGCAGAGUGGAAGCAGAAGUAUGCAGAGAGCCAGGCUGAACUGGAGGCUACUAUGAGAGAAGUGCGUGCAUUGGGCACGGAAAAUUUCAAACUGAAAAAUUCCUACGAGGAGUCUCUGGAACAUCUAGAAACGCUGAAACGUGAAAACAAAAACCUGCAGCAGGAGAUCAUGGAUCUCACAGACCAACUCGGAGAGUCAGGAAAAACCCUUCAUGAACUUGAGAAGUUAAAGAAACAAGCGGAACAGGAGAAGACAGAGAUUCAGACCUCCUUGGAGGAGGCUGAGGCGUCCCUGGAGCACGAGGAGUCGAAGAUCCUCCGUGUGCAGCUGGAGCUGAACCAGGUGAAGUCCGAAGUGGAGCGAAAGAUCGCCGAGAAGGAUGAGGAGAUGGACCAACUGAAAAGGAACAGCCAGAGGAUCAUCGACACCCUGCAGAGCACCCUGGACUCGGAGGUCCGGAGCAGGAACGACGCCCUGAGAGUCAAGAAGAAGAUGGAGGGAGACCUGAACGAGAUGGAGGUUCAGCUGGGUUAUGCUAACAGGCAGGCCAGCGAAGCUCAGAAACACCUGAGGAACCUCCAGGCUCAACUAAAGGACGCUCAGAUUCAUCUUGAGGACACGCUGAGGAACAACGAGGACAUGAAAGAGCAGGUGGCCAUGACGGAGCGGCGGGCCAACCUGCUGCAGGCCGAGAUCGAGGAGAUCAGGGCCGCUCUGGAGCAGACCGAGAGGAGCCGCAAGCUGGCGGAGCAGGAGUUGGUGGACGCUAGCGAGCGGGUUCAGCUGCUGCACUCACAGAAUGUGAGCUUGCUCAACAGCAAGAAGAAGCUGGAGACUGACCUGAGCCAGAUUCAAUCUGAAAUGGAGGACACUACUCAAGAGUCCAGGGAUGCAGAGGAGAAAGCCAAAAAGGCCAUCACUGAUGCUGCCAUGAUGGCUGAGGAGCUGAAGAAGGAGCAGGACACGAGUGCCCAUCUGGAGAGGAUGAAGAAGAACCUGGAGACCACCGUGAAGGAUCUGCAGCAGCGCCUGGAUGAAGCCGAGAACCUGGCCAUGAAGGGUGGCAAAAAACAACUCCAGAAACUGGAGUCCAGAGUGCGUGAACUUGAGAGCGAGCUGGAGUUGGAGCAGAGGCAGAGUUCUGAUGCCAUAAAAGGCGUGCACAAAUAUGAGCGCAGAAUUAAGGAGCUUUCUUACCAGUCUGAGGAGGACAGAAAGAAUAUCCUGCGUCUGCAAGAGCUUGUGGAUAAACUGCAGCUGAAGGUGAAAGCGUACAAGAGACAGGCCGAAGAUUGUGAGGAACAAGGCAACGCGUACUUGUCAAAGCUAAGGAAGGUGCAGAACGAGCUGGACGAGGCUCAGGAGAGAGCGGACAGCGCCGAGUCCCAGGUCAACAAGAUGCGAGCCAAGAGCCGAGACGUGGGAGCCAAAGGAAAGGAUGCCAGUGAAUAAGAGAGACUCUUGGGGAGAAGAGUGUUUAGUGUAAUGACAUCAAAGCAAUUCUCCUUUCAUCGCCCGCUGUUCAUGCUAAAAUGCUUUGACACUGUUCCAGCCUCUCGAGUAUGAUCACACUACAGUAAUGGCCUGUGUUGCAUGCCUAAUGUGCAUUCUGUAAUUGCUUGAAUGGGAUUAUUAUGUAGAACGAUUUUCAAUAUUAGAAUGAUCUGGAGAAUCAAAGAAGAAAAGUGGUAAGCGAUGGUGUUAUAAAAUAUGAAUAUGAAAAGCUUUCUCUAUUUCUCUCUC